AUGUCUGAUAAACCUGAUGUGGCCGAGAUUGAGAAAUUCAAUAAGUCAAUAUUGAAGAAGACAGAAAAGCAAGAGAAAAAUCCACUGCCUUCCAAAGAAACAACUGAACAGGAGAAACAAGCAGGCAAAUCAUAA